AUGAGUGAAACAACAUCAUGUACCACCAACACUACUUAUUCUCUUAAUAGCAUCAUUAACCAACAACAGAAGAAAUUAGAACAGGAGAAUGCCGAUAUUAGCUAUUCAAUUUUUGAAAUGAAUCAAAUUAUGGUAAGAGCCAUUCCUACUCUCUCCGAUUUACAAGAAACAGAAAAAGAGUCCAUCAAUUGCAUUAAACCUGGAUAUGAGGAAUUGGAUGAGCCAAAUCCAACUUACACCUGCAGGGAUGAUAUUACUAAUUUUGAAUUGAUUGACCUUGUUGAAAAACAAGCUAAACGUUCAUUGGUUUACCUCUUCCUGCCCGAUACCAAAUGUAAAACCUUGUUAGUUGAGAAUGGAAGAGUUGAACAACAAACUGAAAAGAUGGUUCAGGAGGGUUUGUUAGAUUCCGAAGGUAGACUCACCAAAUAUCAACCUCUCUAUGAAAGACUUGGACAAUAUGUUACCGAUUAUAGUGUCUAUCAUGGAAUGAUCUAUUAUUUACGUGAAGAGGAAACUUCCUACAUGAAGAGUAAGAAGGAAAUGAUGCAGAAUACUAUGGGAUAUAAGGGAAUACUCCAACCUUUCCAAAUCAGCAAUGGUGAGAAUGUUGUAUGUCAAUUGGGUAAUGAUUUUGUGAUGAAAAUUGUAGAGACUCGUGAAGAAUUAAUUCAAGUCAUUGAUUGUAUGCAAGAGACCUUUACUGACUUUAAAUCUGGUCCACUGACUGCUGAAGUAAUGAAUAAUACCUAUCCUCUCCACUCUGAUGAAUUCUCAUGGAUUUGUAUCAAGGAUUUGGCUACCAAUGAGAUUGCAACCACUGGACAAGUCUUCUUUGGACCAAGAACUUGCUAUGGAAGUAAUUUGUGUACUAAACCAAAGUAUAGAGGAAAGGGAUUUGCCACUGUCAUGAUGAUUGCCAUGCUUGAAUUGGCCAAGACCAGAAAGGACAAGUAUGAAUACAUUGUUAUUCAAGCCUCUCUUGAUGGUCUUCCUAUUUACGAUAAGCUCGGAUAUGAGUAUAGAUUUGAUUUUGAAAUUAUGGAGUUGAAUCCACAAGCUAAUAGUGAUGAACAAGAUGAUGCUGCUGCAACAACUGUUAGUAAACUCUAA